CUUAUUCCCCUCUCCAUCCAUGGUGCAUACGCUACCGUAAUAGAAAAUGACCCAAGAUAAGCAAAGCUUGACUGCAAUGCCAGAAACCAGCAAGCUCAUUUCCUUCUCCAAGAAACACAAGAAGCUAUUUCUUUCUCUGUUUGCUUCUUUGCUCCUGGUUGCCGCUAUAAUUGCCAUUGUCACUGGCGUUAACUCAAACAAGAAUGAUGAAGAUGAUACUUCACCAUCUCAUGCCCUUCUCAAAUCCUCUUGUAGCAACACAAGAUACCCUGAUUUGUGCUUCUCAGCUGUAGCAUCUGUCCCUGGAGCCACCAGUAACUUGGCUAGCCAAAAGGAUGUGAUUGAAGUUUCCUUGAAUCUUACAACUGUAGCUGUCGAACACAACUACUUCACCGUAAAGAAGAUCGUAGCUACAUGGAAACUCACCAAGAGGGAAAAGACUGCUCUCCAUGAUUGUUUGGAGACUAUAGAUGAGACUCUUGAUGAGCUACACAAGGCAUUGGACGAUCUGAAGGAAUAUCCCAACAAGAAAUCUCUGUCUCAACACGCAGAUGAUCUCAAGACUCUAAUGAGUGCUGCAAUUACCAACCAAGAAACAUGCUUGGAAGGAUUCUAUUAUGAGGAAGCCGAUAAGCGUGUGAGAGAAGCUCUGAUGGCUGGUCAAGUUCACGUUGAGCGUAUGUGCAGUAAUGCCCUGGCAAUGAUCAAGAACAUGACAGACACAGACAUUGCCAAUGAGCUUAAGUCAGCCGCUAGUACAAACAGGAAACUCAAGGAGGAGAAAGAUCAUGAAAGUGGGUGGCCGGGGUGGUUGUCGGCAGCAGACAGGAGGCUUUUGCAGUCCUCAUCAGUGACUCCAGACGUGGUGGUGGCAGCUGAUGGAAGUGGGGACUAUAAGACGGUAUCAGAAGCAGUAGCUGCUGCUCCUAAGAAAAGCAGCAAGAGGUACAUUAUUAGAAUAAAAGCAGGUGUUUACAGGGAAAAUGUGGAAGUGCCCAAGAGCAAGACAAACAUAAUGUUUUUGGGAGACGGAAGAAAAACAACGAUUAUUACAGCAAGUAGGAAUGUAGUUGAUGGAAGCACAACCUUCCACUCUGCCACAGUUGCUGUAGUGGGUCAAGGAUUCUUAGCCAGGGGUGUCACCUUCGAAAACACGGCUGGUCCCUCAAAGCACCAAGCAGUGGCACUAAGGGCUGGGGCUGAUCUUGCAGCUUUCUACGAAUGUGAUAUGCUAGCUUACCAAGACACCCUCUAUGUCCACUCCAAUCGUCAAUUUUUCAUAAACUGCUUAAUUGCAGGAACGGUUGAUUUUAUUUUUGGCAAUUCAGCAGCCGUUUUCCAGGACUGCGACAUCCAUGCUCGUAAACCCAAUUCAGGCCAGAAAAAUAUGGUCACAGCCCAAGGCAGGACUGACCCUAAUCAGAACACUGGCAUUGUAAUUCAAAAGAGUAGAAUUGGUUCCACUUCAGAUCUGAGACCUGUCCAGAGCAGCUUCCCAACUUAUCUUGGAAGGCCCUGGAAGGAGUAUUCAAGAACUGUUAUAAUGCAAUCAGAUAUCAGUGACGUGAUACACCCUGCUGGAUGGCACGAGUGGAAUGGGGAUUUUGCACUGAGCACAUUGUUUUAUGGAGAGUAUCAAAACACUGGGGUUGGUGCUGGAACAUCCCAGAGGGUUAGCUGGAAGGGUUUCAAGGUGAUUACUAGUGCAACUCAGGCUCAAGAGUUUACUCCUGACAACUUCAUUGCUGGUAGCAGUUGGUUGGGUUCCACUACCUUCCCAUUUUCUCUGGGUUUAAACCUGAAAGAGACCCUCUUAGCAUCUAUCCUAAAAAGAAACAAACAAGACAAGAAGAAAGCGAAAAGCAUGGACUCCAUCAACUCCUUCAAGGGCUACGGUAAGGUAGAUGAGGUCGAACAGCAGGCCUUCCGGCGAAAGACCCGUAAGCGUCUUAUCAUUGUCAUAGUCUCCUCCGUCGUUCUUGUCGCUGUCAUCAUCGGUGCUGUUGUCGGAACUGUAUUACACAAAAGAAACAGUGGCUCCUCCCCUUCCUCCGCCGUCCCUACUGAGCUCACUCCGGCCGCUUCACUCAAAGCUGUUUGCAGUGUCACUCAGUACCCUCCUUCUUGCGUCUCUAGCAUCUCUUCCCUUGAUUCAGCUAACACCAGUGAUCCAGAAGUUCUCUUUAAGCUUUCUUUACAUGUCGCCAUCACCGAACUCUCCAAACUCAAGGAUUACCCUUCUAAGCUUAUUGAAAGUACUAAUGAUACCAUGGUCAAGGAUGCUUUGCGGGUUUGUGAAUCCGUGUUUGAUGAUGCUGUGGAUCGGCUCAAUGACUCGAUUUCUUCCAUGGCGGUUGGAGAAGGUGAAAAGAUAUUAUCGACUUCCAAGAUUAAUGACAUGAAAACGUGGCUUAGUACUACCAUCACUGAUCAAGAAACAUGUUUAGAUGCUCUGCAAGAACUGAACAAUACAAAGCAUUUCAACAGUAAACUUCUUGAAGAAGUGAGGACAGCAAUGGAGAAUUCAACUGAGUUCGCAAGUAAUAGUUUGGCCAUUGCCACAAAAAUCAUAGGUUUGUUGACAGAUUUUAACAUCCCAAUUCACAGAAAAUUAUUGGGGUUCGAAGGAAGCAACUCAGGGUUUCCUGGUUGGGUUAGUUUGGGAGAUAGAAGGCUGCUCCAGGAGUCGAAGCCUACGCCAAAUGCUACAGUAGCCAAGGACGGCUCUGGGGAUUACACUACCAUCGGAGAUGCAGUGGCAGCAAUUCCAAAGAAGAGCCCAUAUAAAUUCAUCAUAUAUGUGAAGGAAGGAACAUAUAUAGAAAAUGUGAUUUUGGAAAAGAAGAAGUGGAAUGUGAUGAUAUAUGGGGAUGGAAAGGACAAGACUGUUAUCUCUGGAAGCAAGAACUUUGUGGAUGGGACUCCCACAUUCGCAACAGCUACUUUUGCUGUUGCCGGCAAGAACUUCAUAGCCAGAGAUAUAAAGUUCAUCAACACGGCAGGGGCAGCAAAGCACCAAGCAGUGGCCUUCAGGUCUGGCUCAGACAUGUCUGUUUACUACCAAUGUGCAUUUGAUGCUUUCCAGGACACACUUUAUGCUCACUCCAACCGGCAGUUCUACCGGAGCUGUGACAUUACCGGCACCAUUGACUUCAUCUUCGGCAACGCGGCUGUCGUUUUCCAGGAUUGCAACAUCAUGCCCAGGCAACCCUUAACAAACCAAUUCAAUACCAUCACAGCUCAGGGCAAGAAAGACCCUAAUCAAAACACUGGCAUUUCAAUUCAGAAGUGCAGAUUUUCUGCUUAUGACACCAAUCUUAAAGCCCCUACAUACCUUGGGAGGCCUUGGAAAGAUUUUUCCACUACGGUUAUUAUGCAGUCUGAAAUUGGCUCAUUCUUAAAUCCAUUGGGGUGGAUGUCGUGGGUCAGUGGCGUGGAGCCGCCCAGUACAAUAUUCUACGGAGAGUACCUGAACUCAGGGGCUGGGUCUGCUGUGGAUCAAAGGGUUAAAUGGGUUGGUUACAGGCCCGCUCUCACAGAAGAUGAGGCAGGGAAAUUUACUGUAGGAUCAUUUAUCCAAGGCCCUGAGUGGCUGCCUGCAAGCACUGUGACGUUUGAUUCCACCCUUUGAUCUGAAAUUGGAUAAGAGGUGGGGUUUCAUCAAAUCAAUUGCCAUAUUAGGUCAAGUGAAGGAAACUAUAAACACGCCAAGAAUUGUCUAGAAGAGAUUGUUUUUUUUUUUUUUUUUUUUUUUUUUUUAAUAGACAUUAGAAAAGGAAUUUGCUUCUAGUUUUCACACCCAUCCCUCUUUUUUUUGUUUUCUCUUCAAAUGAUACGUAUUGUUACGCGAAUUAUUUUAUGUUUUGCCUUGAAGAAUUCUUAUGUAAUUCUUAUGCUAAGAAUGGAAAUUAAAAAUGUUAUAAUAUUUUAAUAA